AUGCCAUCCUGCAGCCCGUUCUGCCAGCGCUACUGGAGCUCAGCGAAGACUGCUACGUACCUGGCCUGCGUCCACCCAGCGCCCACCACAGACUCCUUCCGAGGGGAAGGCUAUGAUAUCGAUGUUAACGGAUCAGAAGCGCUAUUUGCAAUAGUGCAUUGGGAUGACAAAAAUGGCAUCUUCCCGUGUGCUAUUGCGUGUGAAAGCUGUGGCUACCGGUCCUGCAAUCGCAGGAUGUGGUGGCGGCUAGAUGUGCGUGAGGGGCACCGCUGCGAUGCAUGCAAGGCCGAGCUACACAGCAACGGUAUCGAUACCGUCCUCAAGUUCGCAGCCUCAGCUACGGACGAAGCGGAUCUAAAGAAGAUGCUACGGGAUAGCUUCGCUAUCGAUCCGACCACGUCGCUAGCGAUGAGAGCUCUGGCCGCAGGGGUGGUAGUCGCUUGGAAAACGGCUGUCACCCGGCUAGAGCACCAGGCCGAGGCUGAAGCUACCAAGGAGGUGCGGGAUGUCGCUAAGCCGAUCCCGAGCGCCAACUACAUUCAGGGCCGAGUCAUGGCUGCAGCAGGCUACAACUUCGGAGCCGUGCUAACCCACAGCUACAAGGAUCGAGCCUCCAGUCAAGGCAAAGAGGGCAACACCAAGAAGCCAAAGGAAGCGUCCUCCCGUACACCGGAAGGGAGCCCGAUCUGCUUCCGCUACAACGCCAAGGGCUGCGCUGAGUGA